GCUGACGAGCGGCGGCCGCCGCCGGGGGCCGCAGCCGCGAUAUAGGUAUAUGCCGGCGCGGGCCAUACAAACAGCCGCCGCCGCUGUGUCGCUGACGCGUUUUUCGAAUGCAACACCCGCGCCGACGUGGUUACAUCACACGCGCUAGUACUACGUAUCGCAUCACACCGUCGUCGAUAUAUAUCGCUCGCAGCGCGCGUGCAGAUAUCAUAUUUUAUCGAGUACCUACUUAAAUAUAAUAAUAUAUAAGUCUUCGGUUCGUACAUACUGUCGUCUCCGCGGCGUACCAUUCGCGCCAGUGCGUGUAAGACACAACGAAAAUAAUAUCAAUAAUAGUGACAGUCAGUGUCCGUUCGCGAGUUGACGUUAUCCUCCGCGUCACUGUUUGUGCACCGUCCACUGCCGAUCGGACACAAAGAUUUUCACGCGCGAUCAACGCGGCGUCUAUGACGACCUCGGCCAACCGUCGGCCGUGCCCUCCUCGAGGGACGUCUGCCGCCGGUGGUUCGUUCGGCCGUUGCGGGUCAGACGUCGCCGCCACGCGAUCGAAAACCGAUAGUGUUUAGCGAUUUUUCGUCUUACCGAAUCCGUCCUCGUCGUGGUUCUGAUAAAAUCGCCUUGAUACAUUUUUUUGCGAACGCCGAGAACUAAAAAUCGAUCACAAUUCUGUCAUCGAUACCGUUUAGGCCGGGGUUAAGGCCGAACAUGCUAAACAACAUCAGUAUAAUCGGCCCGAACAAUGUCGGCGGCCAUAAGGACUUCGAUGGUCUCAAACACCGAUCGCUACACCAGUUACAGACCGGUGGUGGCGGAGGAGGCGUACACGACGUCGGCGGUGGUCACGGACUCGGCGGCGGCACAGGUAACGGUCAUCUGCAGCAAGGCAACGGCCCAUCACCGCCGCAUCAGCUGUCCACCGGCGCCGGAAGUGGUGGUGGUGGCGGUGGCGGACCGUUCCGGUUAUCGUGCGGCGGUUUCGACCUGUCAACCGCCGCCGGUCACGGGCUGGCUGCUGCCGCCGCUGUGGCCGCCGCCGGCGGUGGCGGCGGCGGCGGGCUCAACGGCGACGACGCCGGAAAGCCAAACAAGCAAAAGAGACAUAGGACCCGGUUCACGCCGGCGCAACUCAACGAGCUGGAGCGGUGCUUCAGCAAGACCCACUAUCCGGACAUUUUCAUGCGCGAGGAGAUCGCCAUGCGGAUCGGUCUCACCGAGUCCCGAGUACAGGUUUGGUUCCAAAACCGAAGAGCAAAAUGGAAAAAACGAAAGAAAUCAACAAACGUGUUCAGGAGCCCUGGUGCUCUGUUGCCGUCCCAUGGACUACCACCGUUUGGGUCCAUGUCCGACAGUAUGUGUCCCACGUCAAUGUUCAGCUCUCCCGACACCAGAUGGGGUGUGACGAGCAUGGCCACAGGACUCAGUCAACUGGCCGGCGGUACAGUUACCAUGAGCGGAUACAACCAUCAAAAUUCAUCACUCAGUUCCGUGCCUAUCACGACGAUGGCUACCAACGCUCAGAACAUGUAUCAAGCGCACUAUGGUCUCAAUUCACUAGGCGAUUCAAACAAAUGGCGAUUUUCCAAAGACCAAUUCAAACCCUAUCCAGCAGAUUCUCAGUUAUUUUGAGAAUCAAUGUGUACAUUGACCAUCAUGAUGUGCAUCGUUGUGUUUUGUACAGUAUUUUACUCGAGAGACAACGGCACAAUCAACUCUAUACAAAUGCAUACGAGGCGGAGCCAAUUAACUGAAUAAUUUUUUUCUUCCAAAUUAUUAUAAUUAAUAUUAAUUAGUGUCUGGUGAUGCGUUCUUAAGAUUAAGAAUAUUUUUUAAACUAUUCAUUAAAAAUAAUUAUUGUAAAUCUAUAGCGGCAAUAACGUUUAUACCUACCUACUCGUGUAUAAAAAUCAAGUACCUAUUCGUCUGUUACGGGCAAUUUAAAAUAAAAAUGUUAACAUAACUAUUGUAAACAGUGCUCGGAUUAUAUAUACCUACUUCCAACGGUAACUGACAAUGUGAUACAUUAAUAACUAAUAAAAAUAUAUAUUAUAAUAAUUAUAUAAAACACAUGGGCUAUAUAUGCCUACAUUAUAAUACGAAGCUAGGUUACAUAUCUACCUAUUAAAUAAUAACAAAUAUGAAAUAAUAAUAGGUAAAACUCAACAAGGUACCUACCUACUACAUUUUAAUAUUAAUAUAUCAUUGGUCACAAUACCUACACAUCACUAAGAUGCCAAUAUAUCUGCAGCUUAGGUAAUAUAUUAUGUUAAGUUUGUCUAGUAUCUACAUUCUACAUGAUACAUGUAUGAUUAGGACUUAAUCAAUUUUUUUGUUAAUCUUAUUACCAUAAACUAAAGUAAAAAUAUUUUUUCUACAUUUGCGCUGAUGUAAUUUAUAUAAAAAAAAUCAUUUUUGAAAUUUUCCUUCCGUCAAAGUGUAUUAAUAUCGCUUCCAAGUAUUUUCCAGGCACUACUCCACUAGUCACUAGUGUAUCACAUUAAAUAUUUUCCAAUUAUACUAUAGUAAACCAUCUAGUCAUCUAGGAACCUAAAAUAACCUAUAAUUUAUAGAAUUAAAUUCCCCACAAAAAUAAUACUUAACUGCAUUUAUGUUUAAUCACGAAGUUAUUCAAAUCCAUCAUAAAUACAAUCUUAAAUGUGUAGCUGGUGCCUCAUAUAAAAACAAUUAAGUAGGUUUAGUCACCAAUAAAAUAAAUACCUAGAUAUCUGUAUAAAAAGGUACCUACACUAAACGAAUACAAUCAUGAAUUUUACUGCAUUUAAUUUGUUUAUUAAGGAAAAAAUUGUUGUGUUGAAUUAUAAAAAUAUAUUUAUAAUUUUUUUCUCUAUACAGUUUUUAUUUUUUAAUAUGAUUUGACAAAGAUAAAGCAAUUAAAAAUGUAAUUAAACAUUUAGAAGUACUAUGUAACAACAACUCAAUAAGAACCUACAUGAAGUUUAAAUCUAAACUUAUUUAAGGAAUCUAUUUAUGUAUUAUUAUCUUUUACAUAUUAUAAAGUAUCAUUUAUUGUUGGAUAUAAUAUUUUACCAACUGGGCACUGGUUACUAGGUCUAUCACCUAAUGGUUUGGGUACCUAAUGUUAUUUAAUCUAUCAAAUAACCCGAUGAAGUAUUCAGAUAAUUUCCUGGGGGUUAAAAACUGUUCCCUCUAACAUCAAAAAAACGACGUUAAUAUUUGUAAUAUCACAUUUUUAUAACCCCAUACACAAACUUAAAAUCAGACAACUGACGAAUGCAAAUCUUGUGUCUGAUUAAAGAUUGAAGUAGGUGAAGUAAAAUCCAAUAGACAAAUAUUUUGAGAAAAAUGUAGGUAACAAAUAUUUCUAGGUCAGCAA